CCGAACCACCACGAGACUCAGUUGGCAAAUCGCCGUUGCACAGGCCAGGUGACGGCACUGCGACGCUCCGGAGUGAAAGCGAAAGGAUAUACGCCGUGUAGGAUGCCUGAAGGAUAUAUGUAGGUGCCGUGAGCAGUCCUGAGUGCCUCACUGUGAAGCCUUGUGUAGUGAUCAUGCCAAGGGUGAUAUUGUGAGCCCAGGAAUAGUGCACAAAGAGAUGUAUUACAUUUCCUUCCCUCGCGCCGCUUGCUGCAUUUAAGCGAUGGAUUCAUACAUAUUUCCCCUCCAGUAUUCGAAAAGGAGGAGCACACGCUUCAGAAACUAACUGGAAAAAGAGAAAAUAUAAAGUGAUACGUUAAAAUUUAUACACCCUAGAAAAAAAUAUAUAUACCACAUCUCUGGAAGCCAAUAACGAGAAAAAAGGUACAAAAAAAAAAUCCCUCUUUUUUUUUAAACAUCUCUUUUGAAGUUGAAAUCCUAACAGCCAUGGGCGUGAGGGUAGUGUGGGCGUGUUGGGUGUCUUUAAUGGUGGUGGCGGCGGCGGCGGAGGACAUCGUGAAGGAGUCAGCUGAGCGCCCAAGGAGGUCGGCGUCGGCUGACCCAGCACCGGUGACCAACGCGGACCUGGCGGCACUGGGAGGGCUGGGUGGCCUUACUGGUCUGACAGGAGGCGCCGGUGGAGCUAAUCCUUCCGCUGCCGCCAGCGGGCCUGGCGGGGUGUGUGGGAAUCAAGAUCUCCUCACCAACUUGCUGGUGUACCAGUACCUCUCCGGCAACAUCCCGGAGGAGCUUCUGGUGCUCCCCCACAGCUAUAUAAGUCAGCACACACGUGGCGUAACUCCCGCAACCAGGACAGUAACAUCGGUGUCCAAGACGUUAACGACGGUGAACGUGGAUGUGCCAGCCACCACACACUUCAGCACCUCCACCACGUCCUACGUCACCACCAUCACUUCGGUGGACGUGAAGACUAUCCCUGUCAUCUUCCGAGGAUCCAGAAUCACCACCACCAUCACUGAGUCCAGCGAGGAGGUAAUCACCGCCACCGAAUACUUCACGGAGUCGUCGGUGCAUCAGCCGUCCAUCGUGCAGACCUUCCCUGUGCACAUCACCAUUACCGAGACACGCACCCGUGGCCUUGACGGAGCCUACACGCUCUUCGAUCUGACCCACGGCGCCACCUCAGUGCUGCAGGAGCCCAUCAACACAGCAUCCUUCAACCUGGACACAGGCCUGGACUUGGCCAACUUAGAUUUGUCUCAGUUGGACCUGACUAGUAUCACCGGAGGGGCAGGAGGCCUCGGUGGCCUUGAUGGCGACCAGGGCCAGGUGUUGUCCGUGCUGUCCUCACUCCUGAGUGGCAUUGACGAUCCCCCAGCAGACGAGCUUCCGUCUCCCAUCGGUCCCAGCAGCAGCAGCAGCAGCAGCAGAGACUUCAGGCAGAGCCCUAACCGGAACAGAAACCAAAAUGCAGCCCCUCGAUUCAGCCCUGACUACCCUGACUAUGAGGAUCCAGUAGAUGAGACACCAAAAUUCAACGUGCUGCGAGGCUUUACGCUGAGCGACCGCUUGGCUAGCGUGACCGGUGGCGACUCUCCGUCCUCGGGCAGAGCAGCCACAGACACUCGCUACAGCAAGUAUCAAAGAAAGAGCAGAGUGGAAAACAACGGCAUCAGCACCACGGAGGCCAGCACUAGGGAGGCAGAGCGCUUCUCGGCCUCAACUCGCCGCCGUACUCUUUCCCGCACUGAUCGCCGGCGUUCCACCAAGGGCAGCCGCCCCCCCAGCACGCGCUUCGUCCCGGCACCUGAGACACAGUACUUUGAAGAUAAUCCGACACAAUUCCGCCCCUUCGGAGCACGUCGGGACAGGGAGACGUCAAGCAGGCGCCGUGGGAACUUGGAGCCUCGCACAUCGUCGCAGCCUCCACGCGCCCGCAGCCAGCCACAGCCCAAAGUCCGCCAAGAGGAGAGUGCCCCGACUCCUCGCAGUAAGCCACAACCCACACCUGCCUCGGGGCUCAGCACUGUGCUCACCAUGUACAUCAGUGGCUCUGAGCCCGGCCAGUUCUUUACCAGGCUGCAGACCAUCCAGCUGCGGUCUCUUGGGUCUUCCAGGAGACGUAGGAAUGUAAAUGAGCUGCCCGUGACCAAACUCUCCACCUCAACAGUGAGCCCAGUAGCCUCCCUCGCCACCCUCGUGCCCCGUGUGCCAGUCGAGGCUGAGCCCAGCAACGUAGUCAAGAUGCUCAAACAGCUGGAGCCAACACAGGUGCGCCAGAUGAUCCACUCUCUUCAGAAGUGGGUGAACUACUACAGCCACGAGGUCCUGGACGAAGAGCCCGACAACCUGGUGAUGCCUGAGCUGACCUCCUCCCUGAGCAUGGAGACACAGGAGGUCGAAAGCGAAGCCACCAAAGCUCUGCCUCGCUCCCCCAUGGUUCUCACGGGCAUGCCCCUGGCCACUGAUCGUUGCCCAGUGCCCUCCACGGUCACGACAACAGUCUACCACACCGUUGUCCUCACCGCGGGGAUCGACAUUAAUGACUCGAUAGUCUAAUGUCCAGCAGUCAUAGGCUGGUCCCUGCCCUUCCC